GCUUUGGGUAUCUCCUGAGCAAAAUGUUGUCAUGAGUUCAGCAGGAGACAGACAGCACUCUUUCAGAAAGUCUCGGGCUCCCGAUCCAGCUCACUCACAGCUGUCUGAGGAUGUGAAAAGAGAGUGUUUAGAUGAAGGGACAGAAGUGUGUGUGAAGAAGGAGGAGAUGCUGCAGCUGAACAUCUACAACCAUGGACACGCCUUCAACACCAUGCCUGAAGUUCUCCCCAUUAAAGAGGAAGAAUCUGACACCGAAGACUUCCUCUACUGUGAGGUCUGCAAAUCGUUCUUCUUCAACAAGUGUGAGGUUCACGGUCCUGCACUCUUCAUCCCUGAUAGCCCUGUUCCCAUGGGGGUCGUUGACCGAGCCAGACAGACUCUUCCUCCUGGACUAGAGGUUCGGAAGUCCGGUAUUCCUGAUGCGGGUCUGGGAGUGUUUAAUAUGGGGGAGACUGUUCCAAUUGGUGCACACUUUGGACCGUACCAGGGAGAGCUGGUAGACCGAGAGGAUGCCAUGAACAGCAGCUACUCUUGGGUGAUAUACAGGAGCAGGCAGCGUGAAGAAUACAUAGAUGCUAAGAGAGAGACGUAUGCUAACUGGAUGAGGUAUGUGAAUUGUGCUCAUAAUGAUGAAGAGCAGAAUCUUGUGGCGUUUCAGUAUCGAGGGGAAAUUCUGUACCGUUGUUGUCGGCCCAUCGACCCAGGACAGGAGCUCUUGAUGUGGUAUGAAGAGGAAUAUCCCAAAGAUCAGGGCCCUACAUUCGCGUACCUCUGGAACCAAAAGUGCUCUGCAAAUGAAGUGGAUAACUCUCCGGUACAAGUUGUCUCCUGCUCCUUGUGUCCACGUUCCUAUACUUCUCAACUUUACUUCGACAAACACAUGCGGAGACGCCACCACGAGGAGUAUGUGAGACUUCAGAAAUCAGGAGAGAUUCAGAUGUCCACAAAAGGCACCAGUAAUCAGCAAGCAUCAUCUGCUACUCUGAGUCCUAACACAUUUCCGAAAGAUAUUCACCACUGCUCAGAGUGUGGAAAGAGUUUUACUCAUCCGAGUUCUCUACAACGACACCAGCGUAUUCACACAGGAGAGAAGCCUUAUCACUGCUCAGAGUGUGGAAAGAGUUUUACUGAACACAGUGCACUACAGCUACACAAGCGCAUUCACACAGGAGAGAAGCCAUAUCACUGCUCAGAGUGUGGAAAGAGUUUUAUUCACCCGAGUAAUCUCCGAAAACAUCAGCGUAUUCACACAGGAGAGAAACCGUAUUAUUGUUUACAGUGUGGGAAGAGUUUUACACAACAGAGUAAUCUUCAACAACACCAGCAUAUUCACACAGGAAAGAAGCCGUAUCCCUGCUUACAUUGUGAGAGGAGUUUUAAUCGCCUGGAUAUUCUCAGAACACAUCAGAGCAUUCACACAGGAGAGAAGCCCUAUCGAUGCUCACAAUGUGGGAAGGGUUUUGAUCGCCAGAGUAAUCUCAAACGCCACCAGAGCAUUCACACAGGAGAGCAAGGAGAGAAGCCCCAUCAAUGCUCACAAUGUGGGAAGGGUUUUGAUCACCUGGAUUGUCUGCCAAAACAUCAGUGCAUUCACACUGAAAAAAAGUAAUAUCAUUACCCAUCUGUACCUCAGACUCCUGUUCUUGGCUGACAGGAGUGGAACCUGAUGUGGUCCUCUGCUGUAGUAGCCCAUCCACCUCAAAGUUUAAUGUUUUGUGCAUGCUGAGAUGCUUUUCUGCUCCCUAUGGUUGUAAAGACUGAUUGAGUUACUAUAUCCUUCCUGGCAGCUUGAACCAGUCUGGCCAUUUUCCUCUGACCUUAUCAACAAGGCGUUUCCACCCACAGAACUGUCACUCACGCAGUGUUUUUUUGUUUUUUGCACCAUUCUGUAUAAACUCUAGAGACUGUUGUGUGUGAAAAUUCCAGUAGAUCAGCCGUUUCUGAAAUACUCAAACCAACAUGAAGUUGGCACUAAAUGAAAUUAAGUAAUCACCAAAACUAUGCCAUUCGUUUGUGCUGAUUUGUGCCACAAAAACAAACGUUUGUGUUGGGUCGGUGACGUCACUCUCCACCCCAUGUUUCUCAAAUCGCUCCAAAACGCUGCCGUUCAUAUGUGCUGUUAAAACAAACACUGUAACAAUUUCCAUUCCUUAGAUAUAACGAAUGUUUUCGGGAGCAGUGACGUCACUCUGAACCCCAAAUCGCUCCAAGCCGGUGCAGUUUGUUUGUGCCGUAGAAAGUAACAUCGUAACUUAUGUAUUUUAUUUACUUAUAGACAGUACAAAAUCUCUGGGCAGAGCAGUGAAUUUACACGAGCCGCUCUCCAUCCAUCUCUUCCAAAUACCUGCCGUUUGUUUGUGCUAGCGCGGUGCUGGUUUGUUAUCGUCGCUGUCAUGGCCUGUAUUUGUUGAAGUGUAUCAUUUGUUUUAAAAUCCACAUUUUUUGAAAACUUUCUAGCAUGUCGGAACAUACCUUAUUGCGACUUAAUAUUACCCCUUUUUUUUUUGUUUGUGUUCUUCUUUGUUGCUGUAGUAAGUAUUUAAUCUCCUUUGUUAUCAUUAUGUUUUUUGGACUUUAUUCAAAGCAAGUAGUAGCAUCACUUUACCACAGGGAAUAGUAAUUGGGGGUGUUGGGUUUUUUUUUUUAAGACAGGAUAUUUUGUGUUUUAGAUUUGUGCUAUAUAUUGUUAUAUGUAAUGAUGGUUUAAAAAAAAAAAAAAAAAAAAAAAAAGAUAAUCGCCAAUACACUGUGAUCUUACCUGUAGCCUAAUAAUAAUGUACUGUAACUACUCUAGCUGUACUAAUAGCCUACUGUAGUGGGACUGAUGCCUGAUUUUGUCCGAUUAAAAAAUGAAAGAAGAAACAUAA